AAAAGCUGCAGUUUCCAUCACUCUUCUUCUUCUAAAAUUUUCAAAUCAUCAUUAUCACUUUUAAUUACUUCAAUGGCUCUUGUUCGUGAACGCCGUCAGAUCAACCUCCGUCUACCUCUUCCACCUCUCUCAGAUCGCCUCCCCUGUUUCUCCUUUCCCUCCUCCACCGCCGCCGCCGUCGCAUCCACCGCUAUCACCAACGGGAUCUCCGCUUCGGAUAUCGAGAAACUCCACGUCCUCGGAAGCGGAAACGGCGGGAUCGUAUACAAAGUCCGACACAAAACCACGGCGGAGCUUUACGCUCUGAAAACGGUCAACGGCGACAUGAGUCCGACUUUUACGAGACAACUGACGCGCGAGAUGGAGAUCCUCCGCCGCACGGACUCUCCCUACGUCGUCCGGUGCCACGGUAUCUUCGAGAAACCAAUCUCCGGAGAGGUUUCAAUUCUCAUGGAGUACAUGGACGGCGGAAACCUAGAAUCUAUCCGCGGCGCCGUAACAGAGAAACAACUCGCCGGGUUUUCCCGCCAGAUUUUAAAAGGACUGAGCUAUCUCCACUCGCUCAAGAUCGUUCACAGAGACAUCAAACCUGCAAACCUCCUCUUGAACUCGAGAAACGAAGUUAAAAUCGCCGAUUUCGGAGUGAGCAAAAUCAUGAUCCGGUCGUUGGAUUACUGCGAUUCGUUCGUCGGCACGUGCGCUUACAUGAGCCCCGAGAGAUUCGAUUCCGUCGCCGGAGAGAACUCCGAUGUAUACUCAGGCGAUAUAUGGAGUUUUGGAUUGAUGAUGCUCGAGCUAUUCGUCGGACAUUUUCCGUUACUUCCUCGGGGACAGAGACCUGAUUGGGCGACGCUGAUGUGCGCCGUGUGCUUCGGAGAACCGCCGCGUGCGCCGGAAGGAUGUUCCGACGAGUUUAGGAGUUUUGUUGAUUGUUGUCUACGUAAAGAAUCGAGUGAGAGGUGGACGGCGUCGCAGCUUCUCGGUCACUCUUUUCUCCGUCAAAGUGUUUAGAUCCGAUUGCUCUUGUGGUAGAGUCUUAGUUGUAUACUUGUAUAUACUUUUCAAUUAUCUCUACAAGAAGUGGUUACGAUAACCACUUGCAUUGUUACAAAUUCGUGUAUUCAUUACAACUAAAAUGAACGUGAUACAAAAUGGUGUCGAGAUAAUUCCUACGAAACAGAGCAACUCUUCCUAGGUAUUUCUUCCUCGCAUAUCCCUCUUUACUAGAAGUUUAGAAGGAGCAAGGAACUGCUACAUUUGGUUUGAGCAACUUAAACCCGCUUGUGUAGCCAAUCCAAUAUGACUCCAGCGAUAGCUUCCCGCUCUGGUUCAAAGAGCAGAUCAUGUAGCAACCCGUCGAACAGCUUGAUCGACUUAUCCGACGAGGAAGCCU